AUGGGUUUGCACGAACUUCCGUUAGAUCCAGAAGACCAGGAAUCCGUUGUAUUAGAUGCAAGGGCUGGUGACCUGGAAGGGUUGAAGGAAAUCUUCACACAAGUGAUCCAUCCCAAGCUGCUGGUUAGCUGCAGAGACCCAACAACCAAGUCUACUCCGCUACACAUGGCUGCUGCUAAUGGACACCUGGACGUGGUGAAAUACUUACUCUCACUGGUACAACCAUCAUACCAGGCAGAAUGGGUGAACAUGCAAAAUGAAACAGGUAACACAGCGUUACAUUGGGCAUCGCUCAACGGAAAUCUCGACAUCGUAAAACUGCUGUGUGAAGAAUACAAAGCCAAUCCAUUCAUCAGGAACAACUUCGACCAUGACGCCAUUUUCGAAGCUGAGAAAAGUGGCAAAGAAGAAGUGGAAACAUAUUAUCUACAGAAGUAUGAUGUCGAACCUGAACAAGACGAGAACCAAGAGAUGACCUCCUCAGCCAAGACAGGCUCCAUCAAUCCAUCAAACGUGGAAAUCACCGAGGGCACUGAAAUUGAACAAGCCAACAAAGAAGCAACAGAGGCUCUAACAGAAGAAACCAGUAACAUGAAGCUCUCUGAAUGA